AUGAGCCAAAACAGUGAAAGUGUUGUUAAUUUAUUUCAAACCAAAAUCAAUAAUAUAACUAGAAUUCGUAUAGAACGUCAUAAUCUGCGUGAUAACACAAAGAAAAAUAUUGGAUACUUCGAUAUAGGCACGGGAUUGGAUGAUAUAUAUUUUUCACAUCUGUUCGACAAAAUAAGAGCUUUAAUAACUAGAUCGGAGAGAACUUAUGACGAAGAAAGUAAUAUUGGUGGAAGUCAUAAUAUUGAUGGAAGUCAAACAGUGGAUCAUGGCCCGAUGCAAAACAACGAAAAGCAAAUUAUCGGAUACUUCAAGACCAGCACGGGGCUGAAAUUCAAAUUCUCAAUUGCAAUAUGUGACACUGCUGAUAGCACCUGCAGAAUUGCUUUUGCUUUUUAUAAUCUUUCCUUUGAUCAGAAUAAAUCGGAUUCCGAGAUAGGUAUAAUCUUUAGAUUAGCCGAUAAAUCAAUCUUGAAGAGAUUUAGCACAAAGGAUAUCUUUUUGUUCACAUAUAACUCAUCUACUAAUAGCGUGGAACAACAUGAACGAUUUAAUGGAAUUGGAAACGGAAUUAUCAGAUUCCUUAAUAAGGACGAACUUAUCAUACUACGACGAAAUGAUUUUAGAAUAAUCCAAAUUUACAAUCGUGAUUUGGGAAUAAGGAACGCAAUAGAAGUCACAAGAUCUUUCUUUAAUCAAAGUACCACUACGAAAAGAACAAAUAUCGAUCAUGCUUACCCUCCACCAAUGCACAAAUUUGAAAAAUAUAAGAUAUCCGGAGAGAUUGAUUCGAAGCCUAAAGACAACAAAAUUAAGCGAUAUGAGAUUUUACCUACAUUUGCCGUUUCCACGAAGGAUAACGAGAAUGACGAAUCACAAUAUUUAGCCGCUACAAUGGGUGAUAAUUCAUUCACAAUAUACUUUCUCCCCAAUUCAAUCAAUUUAACAACACGCAAAUUACCUAAUAAACAUGCAAAAAUCAAGUUUAUGGCCUUUAUUGCGAAAAAUACGAAACUUUUGAUAGAAAUUUGGAUUUGGAACAUGCCAGGAACUUCAAACUUUGAAGAUUCUCAAGAAAAACGACUUUUGGAGUAUACUGCUGAAAAACUUAAUAUCAAAAUAGAAGAAAGAGACCAAGAGUAUUUCACGUUAAAAUUUAAUGACGUGGAUAAUUUGGAAUUUUUUAAAGUAAAGAAUAAUAUUUACUUUAAAGAAGAUGAAAACUUCAAAUUAUUUUACUCGUGCAUAAACUCGGAUUCGAAUAACGCGAUAAAUAAAAGUCCAGGAAACAACAGUUUAUCAAAUUUAUUAUCUGAAAACAGCGAAGAAUUGGAUUCAGCAUCGGAAUUUAUUAACAACGAUGAUGAAAUGUACAAUAUUACCAAUAUCAAUUUCAAUAAAGAACAAAUUGAGAUCAGAGUUUCACAUAAUAUAAUACAAAUUUGGAUAAAAAACGAAAACUUAAAAACCUUACGGAACAUCUGGUCCAUCCCCCCGAUAUUUUCGAAAUAUUUAAAAGAUUCUAUCAUACUUAAAGACGAUAGCUUAGUCAAUGAACCGCAUGCAAUGUCCAUACUAGGAAUGAUAAGUGCCUUGAAAUUGUUACUAAAACAAAAACAAGGACUCGAAAAGGAGAAGGCAGCAAGAGAAAAAGAAAUGAACGAUGUCGUGAGUCUUAAUAAUAAAAUAGCAGAGCUCAAAGAUCUUCUUCAAAACAUAAAACAACAACUCGCACCUGACAUUAUUGAGAAAGCAAUUAUUAAGAAGGAUGAUUUCCGAAUAUUAGAUGUUCGGUUUCAUAUCGUGGCGACAAUGAUCGAAGCGGACUUGAUAGCAGUAGUUCGUGAAAAAAUCGUCAUUAAUCCUAAACUACGAUUACACAUUCCAGAACAAGUCAUUCAACAUCAAAAUAAUGAAAUAAAGUAUAACUUCGUAUGCUUUCUUCCUAAACCAAUAGUCAACAAAGAGUAUCGUAGUGCUUUGAUGAUUGCAAGUGAUCAUUCUCAGCAUGAUACAGUGGAAUCUCUUUUAAAUUAUUAUUCUGCUAAUGCUGAAAGUGAAGUAAACUGGAUGGAAACUGUUACGCAAGCUUUACCCGAACUGAUCACAAAAUAUCCAAAGCUUGUGAAUGAACUAAUGAAAAAUAAAAUUUUCCAUCAAAAAGAGAUUCCUCUAGAUAAAUCAUGGAAAUUUUAUCGACCACCUGACAAAUAUGAUUCAGUUCGUUCAUUUCAUUGCGAAUUUAAUCUUUUCAAUAGUUUUCGUCAAGAACAACUGGAGCUAUUGGAAAAGGAAAAACAAAACCACAGCUCUCAAUAUCGAAAAACGAACACGAAAUAUCAUCAAGUCCCGCUUCCAGGAGUGAUUCAAGGCUUAAAAAAAAGAUAUAAUGAAGCCAUUCUCGACUAUAUUUACAAUUUUAUAUUAAAUUUAAUUUUCCUUGAACGAAAUCGUGGCACCAGAAGCCCAUUUAUCUAUCUCGUAACCCGUGAUAUCACUGGUGAAAUUUUUGACAAUCCCUCAAUCGAAGCAAUCGUUGAUUGCCAAUGGCGUCAUUAUGCUAGAGCCUUUAUUAUUAUAAGGUUCUUAUUAUAUGUUCUUUAUGCAAUACUAUUUUUGUGGCAAAGUUAUGCACAUUUAAAUAAGAUUGUGUAUGGAGGAACAGUUGGCGCUUUAUUUAAGCCGAUUUCUGGCAUAAUGUGUGGCGUUGCAUAUAUAGAUUUUACAGAAAAAGUACGAAGAGGUCGUUAUAUACCUUGGUCGCAACAUUUACCAUCAAUUUUAUACGUAUUCGAUCUUUUUGGCUCAACUUUACCAUUUUUUGGUUCAGCAUGGAUGUUGUGGGUUCAUACACAUUAUGUUGACUUGCUACCUUUCGAUGAGAUAAGAAAUGAAUCUCUUUACUGCCAACAGUAUACAGAACAAUGUCAAGUAGAAGUUAUAUUCUACUCGCUGGCUGGGUUGUUAUUAUGGGUUGUUUUUGUAAUUCUUCCAAAUGCGCUUCUUGCCACGUUAUUACUGUUACGAUUUGCCCCCGGUAUUGGUGUAUUUCCUCAACCAGCAACGUUUAAUGGACAUUUUACAGAUCCUAACAAUCGAACAGCACAUCCGGAUUUUAACAUGAAGCAAAAAUUGGAUUGGACGGAUAGAUCAGAUAAUUACUUUUACGAGUGGGAUAAAUCAAUCGAAGCUGUAUACUUUUGGAUCUCUGGACGCUGGGAUCAGAUCGACAAUUGGGAAUUUUGGCCAGUUGAUCUAGUCACGAUGCUUGGCAGUAUAUUUCUGGCCACACUUAUGCAAAAUCUUUUGAUCGGUUUAAUGGGAAAAGCACUAGAUGAAACAGCUCUAGAGAAAAGAGCAGUCGUACAAAUGCGUGCGCAUCUUUUAAUAAAUUAUCCAGAUGCAUUUUCGCAAAUCAGACACGUCUAUUACUCUAUUCCAGGUAAAGAACUGAAAAAACUAAGAAAGAAAAUCAAAGAAGAAAUAAGCGACGAGUCAUAUGAGGAAAACCCAAUAGAAAAUCCUACGGCGGGAUUAGAAAGUCGUAAGACGGAAUCAGAAAAACAGCCAAUAGAAAAUCCUACGGCGGGAUUAGAAAGUCGUAUGGCGGAAUUAGAAAAUAGUAUGAAGGGAUUAGAAACAUCUCUUAGUAAAAUUCUUGAAAAAUUAAAUCAGAUAGCACAAUAA